CCGGCUUGUCUUGGCCACUGCGAUGAGAGGGGCCGAGACAGCGGCCCCACCACUGCGGCAGCAGCUCACCAGAGACCGCACACAGAUCCAAGAAUCCUCCAUCGCUGCUGGAAGAGGAGGACGACCCUCCAGCCCACCGGCCGGCAGAGCUGUGGUGAAGCAGGAGAGAGAGCGCGGAGGGAGGGGUUGUUCCACUGCCCUGGCAGAGCGGCAGCAUGAAGCCGGAGAACCUUCCUGGGGAGAAUGGCAGCACGAAGACAGAGAACCUCCCCGAGGAGAACGGUGAGGCAGUGGCCUCUGGCCAGAACAACCUCACACCCGGGAGCUGCGAGAAGAAAGCCCACUGGAUUCAGCGCCUGGUCCCGGACAACUUCUGGGAGGACGUGAAGAAGUUGCUGGUGCUGGCGGGGCCGCUGAUCCUGAUCCAGCUGCUGAUCUUCCUGAUACACCUCGUUAGCUCCAUAUUCUGUGGCCACCUGGGCAAGGUUGAGCUGGCCUCCGUCACGCUGGCCAUCGCUGUUAUAAACGUUACUGCCAUCUCUGUAGGUUACGGUCUGACUUCGGCGUGUGACACCUUGAUAUCACAGACCUAUGGCAGCAAAAACCUGCUGCGGGUGGGGGUGAUCCUGCAGCGUGCCACCAUCAUCAUCCUCCUCUGCUGCUUCCCUUGCUGUGCCAUCCUCAUCAACAUCGAGCAGUUAAUGCUCCUCAUCCGGCAGGACCCUGAGGUCUCCAGGUUAACCCAGCGCUACGUGAUGGCUUUUGUCCCUGCUCUCCCGGCGGUUUUUCUGUAUAACCUGGAGGCACGAUACCUGCAGAACCAGAUGAUCAUGUGGCCGCUGGUGCUGAGCGGGGUCAUCGGCAACGUCGUCAACGUGGUCGCAAACUGCAUCUUCCUCUACGUGUUCCACUUCGGCAUCACGGGCUCUGCCUGGUCCAACACCGUCGCUCAGUACUCGCAAGCCAUUUUCUUGUUCCUGUACAUCAUAGGCAGGAAACUCCACGUGAAGACCUGGGGAGGCUGGUCCACCGAAUGCCUGCUGGAGUGGGACAGCUUCACCUCCCUGGCCAUCCCCAGCAUGCUCAUGAUGUGCAUCGAGUGGUGGACCUACGAGAUCGGGAGCUUCUUGAUAGGCCUGCUGAGCGUCGUCGAACUCUCUGCCCAGUCCAUCAUCUAUGAGGUGUCUGUCGUUGCUUUCAUGAUCCCUCUGGGGCUGGGCACAGCUGCCAGUGUGCAGGUGGGGAAUGCUCUGGGCGCUGGAGACUUCGAGACGGCCAAGAGAUCCUCCACCACCAGCCUGCUCUGCACAGGGGCAUUCUGCAUAGCCGUGGGGAUCAUUUUAGCCUCCGCCAAGAACAUGCUGGGGUACAUCUUCACCCAGGACAAGGAGAUCGUUGACUUGGUGGCGUGGGUCAUGCCGGUCUAUGUUGUCUUCCACCUGUUUGAAGCCAUGACUGGCGCCUGUGCAGGGGUGCUCAGAGGCAUCGGGAAGCAGAAAUUCGGAGCCAUCCUCAACGCUGUGUGCUACUAUGGUGUGGGCAUGCCCCUGGCAGCUGUGCUGCUCUUCGUGGCCAAGAUCGGCGUCAUAGGCCUGUGGCUUGGCAUGCUCGUCUGUGUCUUCAUCCUCUGCACCUGCUUCCUCGUCCACAUCUCCCGCAUGGACUGGAAGAAAGCAGCUGAGAAGGCUCAGCGCCGUGCAGGAGUGACCCAGCCACCACCUGAGGAGCCAAACCUGAGCCCUGAACCCUUCUGCAAGGAGCUUUCCCCUGACGUGGGAUCAGCCCCCCAGCCCCACACUUACCUCCCUGCCAGAGCGGUGCUGGGGAGUGUUGCGGGCGUGGAUGCGCAGAACGACGUCGUGCUCAUGGGCAUCACCAGGAGGGAGAGCUCGGUGAACCAGCUGGAGGUCCAGGAAGCCACUUCUGCCAUCACCUCUCAGGCCACCCCUGUGGUCACCAAGGGGCUGAUCAUCCGGCGUGGGCUGGCGGUGAUCGCAGCCGUCGCUGUGCUCGCGCUCGGCGUCGCCAUAAAACUGAUGACCAGCGAACACUGACUCACACCAGGGACCUGGGGACUUGUUUUUGUGGUGAAAGCCCCCUCCUGAUGGACAGAUGUUAAAAGCACGGACCAGCCAGCAGGAAAAUUCAGCACUGGACUGUCCCACAGGAGUCAAAGGGCCACUGGCAGCGUUUGGCAGUGUCAGACAUUGCUCGGGAACGGGCCCUGUGGCUGCUCCAACACCCAAAAUGCUGCUCUGGGCUGCCUGACGCACACUGAGCGUGUGGGUGACCCCCUCCAGCCCAUGCAGAGCCAACCAGAGCCGAGCACAGCCCGGCUCACACGGCUGCUCCGUGACAAAGGCCCAAUAAAGA